AUGCCAUUUAUGCUUCGUUGGAGUUCAAGAGCGAAUAUUUAUCACCUCAUCAAAUCCAAUUCUAGCCAUCUUUCAUAUAUCCCAUUGGCGCAUAUGAUGGAACAAGUAAUCUCGUCUUAUUAUAUUAUGAUGGGAGCCCGUCUGGGAUUUCUAACUGAUUCUAUUGAGAAUCUGAUGGUAGACGCACAAGCUUUGAAACCAGGUGUGAUAACGGCAGUUCCACGAGUACUUUCUAAUAUAUACACUAAAUAUCAGAAAUCAUUGGAUGAUUCCAAAAUCAAAAGACAACUUUACAAUCGCAUUGUGAAGAUAAAAAUGGCUGAACAAAAACGUGGAAAAUUCUAUCAUCGUAGUAUCUUGGAUACGUUGUGCUUUAGGAAACUUAGAAAGUUAUUAGGUGGACGUGUAUAUUGUGUUGUCAGCGGAGGCGCUCCACUGCCAACGGAGAUAUCAAAGUUUGUACAUGCUGCAUUUGGUUUGCUUGCUGAGGGGUACGGAUCAACAGAAACAAUGGGGAGCAUAGCUAUUACUUUAGUUGGAGAGUACCGUCUAGGUACCGUAGGUUCUGUCGCACAUGGUAUAGAAGUGAAACUUGUCGAUGUAAAAGAUCUGGGUCUAGACGCACUGCGAGAUCAAAGAGGAGAAAUCUGCGUGAAAGGCAAACGAUGCACAAAAGGCUAUUAUAAAGAACCAGAAAAAUCCGCCGAACUUAUUGACAGUGAAGGAUGGUUACAUACUGGGGAUAUCGGUGAAUGGACACUGGAGGGUUCAUUGAAAAUUGUGGACCGCCUUAAAAGCAUAUUCAAAUUGGCCCAAGGUGAAUACGUUGCGCCGGAAAAAGUGGAAAUGGUUUAUCAAUGUUGUAAAUUGGUAAGCCAAAUUUUCGUGGACGGUAACAGUAAACAAAAUUACCCCGUUGCUAUCGUCGUUCCCGAUUUUACUGAGUUACGCUCUUGCUUAAACAACGCAGGAGUACUACAUUGCUCAAAACUUUCGGACCAUGAACUUUCCCGGAACAAAGUUGUAAAUAAAUUUGUCCUAGAAAGCAUGAAUGCUGUCGCCGCUGAAAAUAUGCUGAAAAGUUUUGAAAAGGUUCAGGCAAUUUAUUUGACAGAUCAGGCAUUUAACGCUGAUAAUGGAUUGCUAACUCCAACGAUGAAAUUAGCACGUAUCAAAGCUCGAAGUUAUUUUUCAAAGAUAAUAGAUAGUUUAUACAACCAAUCUUAG